AUGGAGGAGGCUGCCCUAUUCAAUCAAACUUCCGUAGUGACAUGUUUUAGGCUUACAGGUUUAUCCGUAAAUCAGAAGGUGCAGACAGCUCUGUUUGCCAUGUUCCUCAUUUUCUAUGUCCUGACACUGUUUGGGAACAUCCUCAUUGUCAUAACUAUUAUCUAUGAUCGCCGGCUCCAUACCCCCAUGUAUUUCUUUCUCAGCAACCUGUCCUUUAUCGAUGUCUGCCACUCUACUGUCACUGUCCCCAAGAUGCUGAUAGACACCUGGUCAGAGGAGAAGCUCAUUCCCUUUGAUGCCUGUGUGGCCCAGAUGUUCUUCCUGCACCUCUUUGCCUGCACAGAGAUCUUUCUCCUCACUGUCAUGGCCUAUGAUCGGUAUGUGGCCAUUUGCAAACCUCUGCAGUACAUGACGAUAAUGAACUGGAAGGUAUGUGUGCUGCUGGCUGUGGCCCUCUGGACAGGGGGGACCAUCCACUCCAUAUCCUUUACCUCCCUCACCAUCAUAGUGCCUUACUGUGGUCCCAAUGAGAUUGACAACUUCUUCUGCGAUGUCCCUCAGGUGAUCAAACUAGCCUGCACUGAUACCACAAUCAUUGAGAUCCUCAUCGCUUCUAACAGUGGAAUGAUCUCUAUGGUAUGUUUCGUAAUCAUCGUAGUGUCCUAUGGUGUCAUCCUGGUGAGUCUGAGGCAGCAAUUCUCUGAGGGUAGGCGGAAAGCCCUGUCCACCUGUGCAGCCCACCUCACCGUAGUCACGCUAUUCCUGGGACACUGCAUCUUCAUCUAUACCCGCCCAUCCAUUAGCUUUCCACAGGACAAGGUGGUGUCUGCAUUUUUUGCUGCUGUCACCCCCCUGCUAAACCCCUUCAUAUAUACCUUUAGGAACGAAGACAUGAAGAAUGCCUUGAAAAAGUUAAUGGGGAGGAAGAAAAGGAAAGAAGAAAAAUGAAAAUGUCUAAGCCCUUAGGGUGCUUGGUGUUCCAAAUCAAAGAAAUGUCUUAUAAAGAUUAAGUUGCAUACAAUAUUUAUUAGACUACAUGAUUCAUAAAAUUAUUCUCUAGUUUACUAUCUGACUCUCAUAGCAACAGCUAUAAUUUUUAUUCUCUUCCAUGUUAGAAAUUAUUCUGAGCAUUUUACAUCUACUUAAUU